AUGGUGUACGCCGAUUCGAGGCUCCGCCAUGUGCUUCUUGUUUUCCGAGAGGCCAAGAUACGGGACAAGGAAUCGGGACCUUUCUGUACCACCCCACGCCACCUACGCAACGACUAUAGGCUGCGUGAGGUAGAGCCUAGCUUGACUUUCAGACAUGCCUUGGCCUGGCAGGAAGACGGUUCAUCUGAAGACGAAUAUGAUCCGACGCCUUCCAAGAAGCGUUGUAGCACAGGCAGUGCUUUGAGGACCCCGAAAAAGAUCAAACGAGUGCAUCCCAGUGGAAGUGAGCAAUCCACCCCUCAGACCACGCAGCAACAUGAUGUCAAUCCGUCCAGUCUAUUCCUCACACUAAGACUCCAAUCCGACGCAGCCAAGAAGGUCCUGCAUGAUCUUGCUGAGGAGCAUGGACGUGGAUACAAAACGGAUGCGGCCAAACACGGAAAGGAAUCUGCCAGCAGCAACAGCGAGGUUUCCGGCGAUGUCGAUCUCCCACCUCGGGAGGUCAAUCGCCUCCACCGCCCCGAACCCGCGUCGACCUAUCUAGGCAAGCUCGACGAGGAUAGUGAAAAGAUUGACAAUGCGGGUGGACGAGUUUUACGCAAUCGCAAGAUUCCAGACAUAGAUCUAGCAGCUCAGACUCGGAAAUGCGUGGCUUGUAAAGCGGCAAAGAGGAAGUGUUCAUUCUUGUCGGGAACGACUCGUCUUCCAGCAUGUAAACGAUGCCGCCAAAACAAGGUUGAUUGCGUGCUGGACCUCCCAGACGUCGAGCCCAAGAGAGAAAGCGAACCACGUGUUGACCUUGCUGAGGACGUUCCUCAACUUUCGGACCUGUCUCAGCCUCUGCCCAAAGGCAAUGGUGCCGUCGCCGCAAUCCAGCCAUCAGUGACCACCCCGACACCUUCCCCCACGGCAAGCCAGAUCAUCCGAUCUCACGUCGCCACGCGUCAGUAUCCUUUCACCACCAAGAUUGGAGCGUCGCAGGAACAUCCUAUUGUUCUAGACUCGCCUCCGUCGUCUCCAGGAAACCACUCAAGCCUCUUCUCCGCACCCCCAGAGUCCGCUGGCAGACUGGUCAAUAUCAGAACAUACUGGGCACAUCCUAUUCAGUUCAAGCAUUUUCCCACCCCGGGGAGCUCAUGCCACUUCUGUUCGGAUUUCCGGUACGGCAUCUACGGCUACGGCGAGAUUGCUGUGCAGGUUAUCCAGUACCCGGACACACUGAGUUACGAGGAGACUGGUGAUGGCCAUCGAGCGAAGGGUCACGAAGCCACCCGGAUGUGUGUCAACUGUGCAUUAAACCGGUUGUACAUCUCCCGAUGCAGAGUUCAUCGCUUCAAGAAAUUCGCCGCUCUAUCAGCCGCACGUACUUGCUGA